GAGAGAGACGGGGGGUGCAAGACCAGUGAUCAGGCCGGGGUGAAGCAGGCACAAUGCCACAGAAUCGGUCAGUGGAGAGCCAGGCUUAUUCCCUUCCCCUUAUCCUGCCAGACCUGCGAAGGGAGGAGGCCAUACAUCAGAUCACAGACACCUUGCAGCACCUGCAGACUGUAUCCAAUGACAUCUUCAGCAGGAUUCUGCAGAGGGUAGAGACCAACAGAGACCAACUGCAGAGAAUCAAUGGCCGACUGAGCCUUGCACAAGCAAAGAUUGAAAGGCUCAAAGGCAGCAAGAAAGCCAUUAAGGUUUUCUCCAGUGCUAAGUAUCCUGCACCUGACCGCCUUCAGGAAUACAGUUCCAUUUUUGCCGGUGCCAAAGAUGGCUGGUCGGCAAAAAAGCAGCGUCACAAAAUUCAGAGUAAGCACCGGCCACUGGAUGAACAGGCUGUUCAGGAAAAACUGAAGUAUUUCCCAGUGUGCGUGAAUACAAGAGGACAAGAUGAGGAAAGCGCAGAAGAAGGGUUGGGCAGCCUCCCCAGAAACAUCAAUUCUGUCAGCUCCUUGCUCCUUUUCAACACAACAGAGAAUCUCUAUAAAAAGUAUGUGUUGCUUGACCCGCUUGCUGGGGUUGUGACUAGGACUAACCCUGCGUUAGAGGGAGAGGAUGAAGAGAAGCUUUUCGAUGCACCCCUUUCCAUCACUAAGAGGGAGCAGCUGGAGCGACAGACAGCAGAGAAUUACUUCUACGUGCCAGACCUGGGACAAGUCCCCGAAAUAGAUGUCCCUUACUCUCUGCCGGACCUGCUGGGAGUGGCUGAUGAUCUCAUGUACAGCGCUGACCUUGGGCCGGGUAUUGCUCCUUCUGCACCUGGAGUUCCCAUCCCUGAGCUUCCAACCUUCACCACCGAGGAUAUAACAGAAAACUCUAUAACUGAUAGGCAAGAUGGUCGUCUGCUGCCACCACCACCCCCACCCCCUCCUCCUCCUCCUCCCCCACCUCCUCCUGAACCCAGUGCCCUGUCACCCCCUGCACCUCCGCCCCCACCUUUGUCUAUUCCUGCUCCUGCUAAGAAAGGUGGCAGUGACCCUGGAGACCAAGGUGCCGUCCAGGGGGCUCCCAAAGAAGUGGUCAAUCCUUCUAAUGGACGGGCAUCCUUGCUGGAGUCCAUCCGUCAGGCAGGCGGCAUUGGGAAAGCCAAUCUGCGGAACGUGAAGGAGAAAAAGCUGGAGAAGAAGAAGAUGAAGGAACAGGAACAAGUUGGAGCAACAGGAGGUGGCGGUGACCUGAUGUCAGAUCUCUUUAAUAAGCUGGCAAUGAGACGCAAAGGCAUAUCCGGAAAGGUGCCGGCCGCUGGAGAAGCAAGUGGAGACGGUCCCACAGGUGCCUUUGCUCGCAUUUCCGACACCAUUCCACCGUUACCUCCACCGCAUCAGGCCUCGGGAGAUGGAGAUGAGGAUGACUGGGAGUCUUAGCGGUGGUUUCCCAUCUUGAGGAAACGUUGCCACGGAUCUGUUCUGUUGUACACCCCAAAUCAAGAUCAGGGAUGGCACAUUUGUGUAGGCCCAAAAGUCUUCUGAUGGACUGGAACCUGUUUAGAUCAGCACCAAGAAGGGAUUCAGGUGUUGUUGGUUAUGAAGGAACUCUUUAACAUCAUAUUUCAUUUUUCUAAAGUGCUUUGAUGUCCCCUUACCUUUUUCUCUGUUUCAAUUGGCUUGCGGGGGGUUCUCUGGUCCAGCUGACUGGCACCAACCAUUAACCAUCUCUUUAACUGUCUCCCCUCAUUAGUCGUGAGAAUAGACAGGCAUUUAUCACUGUGAUAACAAAAGCAACGCCUGACCCCAGGCCCAUCAUUUACUAAUCAGUCAGUAAUCCACUAUUACUAACAAUACCUUGCCAGUAUUUUACUGGGCGCAUUGCAAUAUAGUUACCCCCUCCCCCACCCUUGCUCUUUCCAGUGCCCUAUACAGCUGUUAGGUGGGAGCUUUAGUUGCACUGAAAGGCUUUGUUUUCCCUAUGGAAAAAAUUAAAAGCUGAAAAUGA